AUGUGUCUCGCCGGGCGCGUGUACAUCGUGACGGGUAGUAAUUCCGGUAUUGGCAAGGAGAUUGCGCAAUUUUUGGCAACCAAAGGUGCCACUGUCUACAUGCUCUGCCGCAGUCAGCAGAGAGCAGAAAAUGCACGAGCCGACAUUGUCGCCAAAGCCGGAGGAGAUGCCCAGGAGCGUAUCCACAUCUUGUUGGCUGACUGCAGCUUGGAGACCGAAGUUCGCCGGUGCUGGGACGAUUUCUGCGAGCAUAGCAUUGCAAGAAGUGGUGAUCCAACACGUGUGCGGCUCGAUGGCCUAGUGUGCAAUGCAGGUGCCUUGGCCAACACAAAGACAACGACAGCAGAAGGCAUCGAGCUGACGUUUGCUUCGCACCUCCUUUUUGGCCUGGGCCCCAAACCUUAUACUGUUCUUCCUUUCUUUAUGUGUGCAAUCUGUCACAACCAUGUUGGAUACCGUAAUGCUUCCGGUGAUGGCUAUGGUGUCCAUGAUUUUGACGAUGAUGCGAAGGUUUUGAUAAUCGAGGUGUGUACGCCGCCGCUGCCGCUGUUGACGACUACGUGUUUGUGA